AUGCGGCGGCGCACGACAGAACGGCUGAUCUAUGUGGUCAUCGCCCUGGCCUUUGGCGGCUACCUGCUCUACCCGCGCCUCGUGGGCACCCCGUCGAGUGAUGCCCCCCUUUCGGGUGACCAUGGCGCAGCGGGCAACGUCGAACGCCGCGACGCAGCACAACCAGCCAAAGCCAAAUCGAAGGGUGUGCAGCCGCAAGUGCCUCACCCCAUCAUCGUGCAGAGCCACGAGAGCACGCGCGGUGAAGUAACAGAAGAUCGCAUGCAUGGUGAUAUGAUUGGUAUGAUCAACCCACGCAAACCCGGUUUCGAGUUGCGCCCCUAUGUGUCGUUGUCGGAGGAAACCCUUGAGAUGAAACGCGAGGCCCACACCCAGCACUGCUUUAACCUCAAGCGCAGUGACUCCCUGCCCUUGGACCGCCCCGUGCCUGAUCAUCGAGACAAGCGCUGCAAGGAGAUUGAGUAUCCCCACAACCUUCCGACCACCAGCGUCAUCUUUGUGUUCUACAACGAGCCCCUUUCCCCGCUUUACCGCAGCAUCCAUGGCGUGCUGGAUCGUACCCCGGAGCACCUUCUUCAUGAGAUUAUCCUUGUAGAUGACGGCUCUGAUGCCGAUUAUCUCAAGAAGGACUUUGAGGAUUACAUCAAGCUCCUGCCCAAGACCAAGCUCGUGCGCAAGAGCGAGCGCUCGGGCCUCAUGGACGCCCGCAGUUAUGGCGCUGAAGUUGCUACGGGCGAUACCAUCACCUUCCUUGAUGCUCAUAUUGAGGUCAGCAAAGGCUGGCUUGAGCCCAUGAUGGCCCGCAUCAACGAGGACCGGAAGCACGUCGUCAUGCCCAUCAUUGACUCGAUCGACCCUGAUUCGUUCAACUACAUGCGCGGUGGCCUGGACAUUCUUGGCUUCUCCUGGGGUAUGGGACAAAAGUCGAUUGGCUCGCGCCGACGCACCCGCGUCGAACCCAUGCCAUCCCCUAUCAUGGCGGGUGGCCUUUUUUCCAUGGACCGAAAGUACUUUUUCGACUUGGGUGGCUACGAUCCCGGCAUGAAGCUGUAUGGUGGCGAGGAGCUGGAAAUUAGCUUUCGCAUUUGGCAGUGCGGUGGCACCCUGGAAUGCAUUCCAUGCUCACGCGUGGGCCACGUCUUUCGCACCGGCGCUUACUGGAAAGGUCAAGUCUACACCGUUCCUGGGCACGUCAUUGUCAAGAACAAGCUGCGUGCUGCUGAAGUCUGGAUGGACGAAUACAAGGAGGUGGUUCAGCGCGUCAUGCCACCGCUCCCCCGCGGCAUGGACCUGGGCGAUCUCUCUGCCAUGCAGGAGAUUCGUCGCAAGUUUCAAUGCAAGCCGUUCAAGUGGUUCCUCAAAAAUGUCUAUCCUGAAAUGUUUGUCCCCAAUGAUGAGGAAUCGAUCGAAGCCAGCGGCGAGAUUAGGAACCCACAGACCAACGCAUGCUUUGACACUCUCGGUGCCUCUCACCAAGGCGCUAAGAUUGGCGUGUACCCCUGCCACCACUCGCAUGGCACCCAAGAGUUUGUCCUCUCCAAGGCUGGCGAUGUUCGUGUGGCGGCGAUGGACUUUGACAAUUGCCUGGACCGAGGCAACGGGGACGGCAGCGUUGGAAUCUGGCCGUGCCACCAGACCGGCGGCAACCAAGCUUGGAAGUGGGAUCGGACCACGGGUCUCUUUGGCGACGCCACUGGCGAUUUUUGCGUCGAGGUGCGCCGCGAGCAGACGGCCAACUCGCCCUUUGCGCUCCACCUGGCCAAGUGCGACCCCAAGGAUCCCAUGCAGCAGUGGCAUGUGGGUCAACCCAAGUCUGACAAUUAG